GGCACAGGUGAGGGAAGGUAUUAGCCCCGGUCCAACAACCCCUUCGCGGCGCUUUUUCCAUUCUCUGCGGAAGGUUCCGUUAUCACAGGCUUUGUGAAGACGAACGAGGGGAAUAAUGCGAGCUCGGAAGACGUAUUAGAGCAGGGCGCCUUGCUUGCCGAUCGACGGGCGCAGGGGAGCUUACGGAACUGACGAACCGGCCGUUUGGACGCGCUUCUGCGAAGCAGCCCUAAACACGAAGAAGCGUCAUGUCGAGUCCCGGCACCAUGGAUUGUAAGAAGAUGACGGUGACAGAUCUGCGGGCAGAGCUGGAGAAGCGCAAUCUCGACUCCGGGGGUUUGAAGGCCGUUCUCAUCACGCGCCUGGAAGCGGCAAUCGCCAAGGAGAAGGGAGGAGUGAAGAAACCUGCGCCCGUGGCCGCUACUGUUACGUCCCCGAAGACUGCUAAGAAGGUUGAAACUCCCGUUACUGUAGAUCUCACGAAGCCGUCAGGAACCGCCGCGGCACCGAAGACAGUCGAGGGAGGUAAAGCAGCUACUGGGCUAACUCGGGUAGCUUCUCCGCCAGUGAAGACCGGCGAAACCGGAGUCAAGCCUGCCGCCGCCGCCACUGCUGGUGCUGGUGCUGCAAAACCCUCCGCAGAGGUGGCGAAGACAGCUACCGCUGGUACUGGCAGGUCGGUCACUCUGGUACGCACGGCGCUGACUGCCACACUGAAAUCUUCCGAGGCGGCGAAAGCUGCCUUAGGAGCCGCGAAAGCCGGUGCGGUUGUGAAGGGCGCACCUGAUGCGACGAAGCCAGGGGGUGCAGCCGAGGUAGGAACGAAGCCGGGCCUUGCCAAGCCCGGUACAUCGCCAGCGACGAAAGUGGCUACCGGUGUUAAGCCCACCGACGCGGGAAAGACGGUAGCGACGGCGGUGCCGAAGGCUGCCGUCUCGUCGAGUCCUGCUGGAGUUGUGAAGGGAGCGGUCGUGAAAACGGGCACUGGCGCAACCACUGGUUCCCAAGCAGUCUCCGAGGACCCUGCAAAGCCCGGGUCUGACGUCAAAUCGGAUGCACAGGGAGAUGUUGUGAUGGAGUCGGCCGAGGCGGCGGACUCGAAGACGAAGAGUGUGAAAGACGCUGUGAGUAGUGCCGCUGCCCAGGCUUCUGCCAUUCCGGAUCUUGAGAAGAAACAGCGGCGGGCAGAGCGGUUUGGAGUAGAGCUGCAGGUGUCCGAGGACGAGAAACGCAAACUGAGAGCCUCUCGGUUUGGAAUCGAGACUGACGAGACGAAGGCUGCAACUGAGAAGCAGAAAAAAGCUCUCCGAGCGGCCCGGUUUGGUAUCACCGCCACCGACACUCCUGCAGCGGCUUCAGGAAAUUCUGAGUCAGUGAAAGCUGUGGCAGUGUCGAAGGCUCCCGAUGAAGCUGAGUCGCUGAAGAGAAAAUUGCGGGCUGAGAGGUUUGGGAUUUCCAUGAAAUCCCAGGGUUCUGUGGACGAAGCAGAGAAGAAGCGUCUGAGAGCAGAGAGGUUUGGUACAGGUGCAGUCAUCAAAGCAGCUUAGUGAGCUCUCUUAGGAAGUCGGUGAAGGUGGGUACGGACUGAGGGGGGAUUGAAUGCGCAGACGAAGGUCGAGUUGUUCAUCUUGUCUACUUCAGUCGAGCAGUGUUCCUUAAAGCAAGCACGCGACACAUCUUCUAAGGAGAACUCGGUCAUUCAUUCGUGCCUGCCUCCUGCCUGCCGCCUGCCUGCCUAUCGCUCUGCCAGAUCUGAAUGGGGCCUGCUGACGGUAAACCUAACGGCAGAAGGAGACUGCAGGGGGCCCUUCGAUAACCCCGAAGAGCAACUGUACGAAGGUGUGGCCGAAAGGGAUACAUUUUGUCGGUAUUGCUUGUACACACACACACACACACACACACACAGAGAGAGAGAGAGAGGAUGGGGGAACAGGAAUGGUGGGGCUGAAUGGAUGGAUGGAUCAGACCGACUGGAAAAGCAGCGUGUGCUGACUGGGAACAAGAAGCGUCCCUCGUUUUCUUUCUUCCUCGUAGACACACUGGCAUUCUUAUCAAAUGCAGUGAUGCCAUGACUUGACACUUGUCGUACGUGGUUACGAGGAGAACGAAAACGAGGGAUGCGAAAGGCUGGUGGAUGGGGGAUUUUCCGGGCAACGCGACAGUGGCAGGGGGUUAGCCCCCGUUUUGAUCAGGGAUCGUGCGAGUGGAUAGGUCUGGGUUUGUUAUCGCAUGUCGAGAUCAGUUUUGGUAAUAGCUGUAGAGAUUGAGUUACUGACUAGGCCGGCUAUCGUUCAGGUCAGGGUCGUAACCAUCCACGUCAGAAUCUGGUCGGCGUGUCUGCAAAACCAAUUGCUACCUUCUCGGCAAAGCAAGAGUACCAUACUAGCUGCCUUGUGGUUUCCUGUGCCUUUGUCUAUCCAUAUCUCAGCUCAGUAAUGAACUGGGACUAUCAACGUUUGUUAGGCAUCCCCAGACUAUCAUAGCCUUUGCGGACUCUAAUUGUUCCCCCGUUCUAGGACACCUGGUACAACAUGCUGGCACGAAGUGUCGGAUAUGUAGUAGAGUUAAUGACGUCGAGGGGCCCGCAAUUCCGAUGCAGGGGUGGAAGUGACGGGUAUGUAGGGGUUAAUGAUGACGCGGUUCUUGUGCACGCGUGGUAGUUGUUGAAGAGCAUGGCUAAGAGCCCGUGGCGUUCGUCUUUGUUCCGACCGACGGUAGCUAUUAGGUGUAGAGUAAGUAGCAUUGAAGACAUUUCCGUUUUUCGUAGUCAGCGAUGCUGUUUCGGCUUUUGCCGCACUUUUCUCCUUUUCUUCAGAAACUACAGCAGCUCGGUUUUCGAAAGGUUGUGUGUUGGUCUGUUGCGCACUCCUUGUACAAUUAUUAACUCUCUUUGUAAAAAGAAUCUCUGCCUGUUGUCAUAGAGAACAGGCCCUCACCUUGCCGUGCCGAUUGAGAGUAAGAUCGCUCUUGAUGCACUGCUUGAUUGUAA